CAUUAUAAGGUGAUGGCUAUGGGCAGGAACACUCUCCUGUUGCUCAUAUGAAUACUGAAGUCACUCUGCUGUUGUAUUACACAGUUAUAUGAAGAAGAUGCUCAGGAUUCUGUUAUGGUUUUUAUUUUAGAUCAUUUUCAGAUUGGCGACUCUGUUUCUCCCCGGACAUAAAUAACAGACGUGCCGUUCUUCUUCCUGUUUUGUUUUUCUUUCGCUCCCCAUCUGCUCGGUUCAAUAGAAAUGGAAGAAUCUGCAAGGCAGAUACACAACCACAGUCUACCCGUGAACAUACCACGUCUCUUUAAACCGGGCCGAACCGUGUAGACCCUACGGCAGAAGUAAAGACCCUUCCUCCGGUCCCGGUGUCCGAAACAUGGCACUCAGCUCGGGUAGCUGGGCUCUCCCAGCCCCCGUGCCUGCCUCGUCCCAGCAGCCUGCGUGCAGCGGCCCCAGCCCGGCUGCGUGCUGCAGCACUGUCCUGAUGUCAGUCCGCGUCUCGGUGUCCCACUCCGGGAUCAGACCCCUGUGCCUACCUGGAGCGGGCAGCGACUCUCUGCGGCUGCAGCUCAGCAUGGACCCGAACCUGGCCGGAGAGUUCCGCCUGGCACUGCGAGAUACGAGCGGAAACCGCAGUGUGUUCAUUGCAGAGUUUGACCUGCGCUCGGUGCAAUACGAGGUCAAAUCCUCUCGCUGCCAUGAGAUGCGUCUUGCUGCUUCACCUCACGACUGCAUCCGCUUCAACUUCCGCUGCGACCGCGAGGCCGAGGCCUGGUCCACCGUGGUGAUAUCGUCACUGAGAGAAGCGCACAGAGUGGCAAACAUAAACGCCUGUGAAUCGGACGGGAAACACGACUCCGAAGCAGCGGUGGAUCAGAGGAGCUCGACCUCUCUGACGCUCUGUGAGGAGCUGUGUUCGGAGCUCUCCAAAGUGAUCGAAGCAGGCGACAUUCAGGCUGCCUCCCAGCACGCGUCCGCACUGGCUCGACAAAAAGCGAUGCUGACGAUACAGCCGUCCCAGAAAAACUACACAGAUGGAGAAAUCAGUUUGUCCGUGGUGGUGGAAGAUGCCUCUUCUUCUUGUUGCGUCACAGUUAUAGUCUUUCCCUACAUGUCUGUAGCUACACUCAAACAACAGGUCUUUCUAGAGUACGGUUUCCAUCCUCGUGUGCAGCGCUGGGUGAUCGGUCAGUGCCUGUGCUCUGAUCCGCGGUCACUGGCUUCCUACGGAGUUCAGAAAGACGGCGAUACAGCAUACCUGUACCUGAUCUCUGCCAGACAAGCUCGCAUUACACGGCAGCUGUUCCAGCAGGACCUGGAGAACUCCCUGACGGCUUCGGCGCUGCCCCCCGGAAGCAGCCUCACCUCACAGGUCUGGAGGGGUUACAGCACACUGCCCUCAAAGCUUCCCCACAACAACCAGGAAACAGGUGGAGGGAAUAACAAAGCAGGAGACAUCAAAGACGUCCUUGAUUUGGAGAAGCUGCAGCUGAACGAUCACUCCAAGGCCAAUAAGAUGCAGCAGACGGAGUGGGCCUGUCCUUCGUGCACUUUCAUCAACAAGCCGUCUCGCCCGGGCUGCGAGAUCUGUGCCACCGCCAGACCCGACGUGCAGAGCUGCAUCCAGCAGGAGAAAGGACGGAGAGAGGAUCGCAGAGAGUCUGGUUUGAGCCGCAGCUGACUGCCUGUCAUCGCCGCCUGGAUUUCGUGUCUCGCUCACUUCCACACGCACAUACACACGCCAAGAGUGAGCAGUUUAGAUCUGAAACACACCUGUUGGCAAAAUACUCACAGAGGGAGAACAAAGUGCACUGAUCACCAUCUGACUGGAGCGAAGGCGGUGCCACUCAAUCCUCUGACAGAGUUCUGUCUGUUUAAAUAUGGACACCAUGACAUGACUGUGACAUGCAUCUCAUUUGGCCAGACAUCUUCGCUAUUUGUUUUAGAGGGGGUGUCUAUGUGUGUGUGUGGCGCAAGCAGCCUGAUAUUUAUUUUAGCAGAGAAAGGGAGUGAAGUUGUCCAAUUGCAGCCGAAAACGAGGGGACGUUGGGUGCAGCGUCCCCCAGAUGCGGAGAGGGCAGAGAUGAUGCUUUGUGCAGUAGCCUGGUAAUCUGUUAAUCUGUCACCUGCAGCAGGAAGACAGAUUAAUGCCAAAAAAUUGUUGGAAACGAGAGGCAUGCGCCAUGUACAGGGUUGUAUUUAGUGUAAGAUUUUUACUAAAAUGCAUUAACAAUGUGAUGUACAUUUCAAAUAGUGGUUUAAUUGUACUUGAUUUCCUCUGAGUUGUGAAAGCGAGGAAAGAUCCACUCUCAGUGCAUAAUCUAUAUAUAAAGGAAGGAAUCGGA